CAGAAGUGGCCCGGCAGACCUGGCCCGGUCGGUGUGUUGCCCUUGAUAUUAUUAUGUAAAGCUCUGAAUCCGUGUGGGCUCGAUCCUCCGUCCGAGAGGCGGGGCACUGCUGGCCCGACGUGAGUGGUCUAGGACGAGAGGGGGUGGCCUGGGAAGGGUCAGGGGCCACAGCCAUGUAGUGGACCCGUGGGGUCCAGUGGUCCACAGACCGGUUCCGGGCCACACCAUGGUGAGCUGGGUGGCCACACCUGCCUCACAGGGCCACACUUAGGGGCCACUGGUAGCUCCUUCUGCGCCGGUAUGGCCUUCACACCCCGCCAGGGCCAUAUGGCCCUCCCUUGGGGUAUGUCUCCUGGGUAUGCCCCAGUAGGCUGGGGUCAUCAGGGGGCUACGCUCCCCCUACAAUUGGCUAAGGACGUGGACCAACUUGGCCACAUCCAGACCUGGAGACCUCUCAUGGCCACCACUGAACCGGCUGCCGCCUGGAGUCUGAACCACGGUCCAUGUGGCCCAGGGGCCACCAGUGGGGUCCCCAGAGAGACCCCAGACACUGGAGAUACUACAGGUGGCUGGGGGAGCAGUACUAUUCCAGGACCCCUGGUAGAACCCCUGGUAGGACCCCUGGUAGGACCCCUGGGAGGGCUUUUGGGAGGGCCCCUGGGAGAGCAGGGGAAGGGCAGCCCAGGGUGUAGAGGAACAUCCCCUCACUCCAUCUGUCGUCGGAGCGCCUGUCUCUUGACGUACGUCUGUCGAAUGCUGCCCGUCGUAGCUGCCUGUCUGGCCUACCUCCUUCUAAAUGCAGGAGGCAGUAGCCUACUGAAGGCAGGAAGCAGCAGCCUACUGAAGGCAGGAAGCAGCAGCCUACUGAAGGCAGGAAGCAGCAGCCUACUGAAGGCAGGAAGCAGCAGCCUACUGAAGGCAGGACGCCGCGGCCUUCUGAAAACAGGAGGCAGUAGCUUACAGAAGGCAGGAAGCAGUAGCCUACUAAAGGCAGGAAGCAGUAGCCUACUGAAGGCAGGAAGUAGCGGCCUACUGCUGCUACUUCUGCAGGUAGCAUCCCUGACCCACCUGACGCAGGCAGGCAAGGCGGACAAAGUGAAGAUGGUGGACAUCCCGGGAGAUGUGAUCUUCGGCGGGAUGUUUCCCAUGCACGAGCGUGGUGUAGACGACCCGUGUGGCUCCAUCAAGGAGGAGAAGGGCAUCCAACGCAUGGAAGCCAUGCUCUAUGCUCUGGACAUGAUCAACCAGGACCCCGUCCUCCUGCCCAACAUCACCAUAGGGGCCCUCAUCCUCGACACCUGCUCCUCAGAUACCUACGCUUUAGAGCAGUCCAUGGAAUUCUUCAAGUCUUCCAUUAACCAGGACGCCUCGGACUUCAAGUGUAAAGGAGGUAAAAAGCCUAUCUACAUCCCGCCUAAGCCUGUUAUAGGUGUGAUAGGCGCAGCCUCCUCCUCUGUCUCCGUUAUGAUAGCUAACAUCCUGAGACUCUUCAAGAUACCACAGAUCAGCUACGCCUCCACCUCUACGGAACUCUCAGACAAGUCAAGAUUUGAGUAUUUUAGCAGAGUUGUACCUCCAGACAACUUUCAGGCCAUGGCCAUGGUGGAGGUGGUGAAGGCGUUCAACUGGCAGUAUGUCUCCACACUAGCUGACGAGGGAGACUACGGUGAGAAGGGCAUAGCAUCCUUCACCAAGCUGGCAGAGAAGUCCGGGAUCUGUAUAGCUGUGUCAGAGAGAAUACAAAGAAUCACCAAGCCAGAAGACUUUGAUCUUAUUAUUGAGAGGCUGUAUACUAAACCUCAAGCCAGAGUUAUCAUUAUGUUUGUGGACGAAGAUAACACCAGACGAGUGCUAGCCGCAGCAGUGAAGGCGGGUAAGGCGGGUCAGUUCCUAUGGGUGGGCAGUGACUCCUGGGGUGCCAAGAUCCACCCCGUGAGGGACCAGGAGGAGGCUGCCCUGGGGGCCAUAACCAUACUACCCCAGCGAUCAUCACUAGAAGGGUUCGACACUUAUCUACGUGGCCUGCGACCCCGUGUUAGGGGGAAACCAUGCGCCGUAACCGGACCAGGUGACGACCACGAGCGAAACUGCCGAAACGUCUGGUUUAAGGAGUUCUGGACACAACACUUCAACUGCACGUUCAGAAACCCGUUGCCGCCAGGACGCAGGGCGUGCACCGGCCAGGAGACCAUCACGCACGAGCAGGAGGGUCUCGUGCCCUUUGUAGUGGACGCCGUGUACGCUAUGGCCUGGGCCUUCCACAAUCUGCUGCAAGACAGGUGUGGAGAUCUUACGCUGUGUGAGGCUGCCUUGCCAUCUCCCUCGGGCCAAGAGAUGCUCCACUACAUCAGGAAUGUCUCUUUUAUUGGUCAACAAAUGCUUCACUAUAUCCGGCGCGUCAAGUUUGUUGGUACGUCUGGUUAUCUUGGUAUCCCUAUCUUUAUCCUGUAUCAUCCCUAUAGCUAUCAUACCUAUGGCUACCAUGCCUAUGGUAAUCUUGCCUAUAGACUUCAACCUUCAACUGAGAUUGUAUUUGCUGAAGAGGACCUCAGAGGCUUAAAUACACAGAAGAAUUAUAACCAAGACUCGUGUUGCUGGUCGUGUGUGCCGUGCCCUGAAGACUCCAUCAUCCACAACGACACCUGUCGUCCCUGUGCCCUGGGCUGGGCACCCACCACUGACAAGGUCACUUGUUACAAGCUGACACCAGAACACAUCACCUGGGACUCUGCCUGGGCUAUCGUGCCUCUUGUCUUCAGUUCCCUGGGUCUGCUGUGUACACUGCUGACUACACUGAUCUUCAUAAGGUUCAACACAACACCAGUCAUCAUGGCCAGUGGCCGGGAGCUGUGCUACGUCCUGCUAUCUGGCAUAGCACUGUGUUAUAUGAUGACGUUCGUUAUCCUGGCCACACCAUCUGUGCCCAGCUGUGCCCUGCUGAGACUGGGUCUGGGUCUCGGUCUGUGCAUCUGCUACUCUGCCAUCUUCACUAAGACCAACAGAAUAUCAAGAAUCUUCAACCGUGGCAUCAAGUCUAUCAAGAGACCGUCUUAUACCUCACCAAGGUCACAGAUUGUUAUCUGUCUGGGGUUGGUGGGGGUGCAGUUGGUGGGGGUGGUAACCUGGCUACUGGUAGAGUUCCCAAACACCACAGAAGUGUACCCGUACCGUCUAGUAGCGGUACUGACCUGUGGUAUCUCAAACAUCUCGUUGAUACUGUCCCUGGGCUACAACAUGGUACUUAUCCUACUGUGCACUGUGUACGCCUUCAAGACCAGGAAGAUACCUGAGAACUUCAACGAGGCCAAGUAUAUCGGCUUCACCAUGUACAGUACAUGUAUCGUCUGGCUGGCUUUUAUACCUAUCUAUUUCGGCACUAAUAAUGAUUAUAAGAUCCAGCUGGCAAGCAUGUGUAUGUGUGUCAACAUCAGUGCCUCUGUCUCCCUGGGCUGUCUCUUCACUCCUAAGGUCUAUAUUGUGAUAUUCCAACCAUACAAGAACGUCCGUCAAGGCUCCGGACCUGUCAAGGGGUCGCAGAACAAGAGCUACGGACAAAGCAUGCGCUUCACCUCACGGUCGCAGACAGCGCAGUCAGUGUUGUCCAUCAACCAUUCGAGUUUGCACGCGCCUGCGCCUUCCUCCAUCAGCCAGCACGUCAACGGCGACUCGCUGACGGUGACGACACCGAGUCUGGAGGACAGUUCAAUCACCUAGGGUCGGCG